AGUCACAGAUCGCUACCUAGAGCCCCAUCCGGACCUUCAGGCGCAGCGGAGUACAGAACAGGACAGGAUUAACGAUUGAGGACUGAGUGCAAUGAAGCUGGACGAGAAGCGGUUGGGCCAGGAGCCGCCCAAGUACCUCAACGAGGACUUCUUCAAGGCGGCGCUGGAGGACGGGCUGCGGGACAUGCGGGUGGAGAUCAAGAAGAUCGUGUUCGCGGAGUCGAGCGGAGGGGGCGGGGAGAACUACUGCAGCAAGAUCUACCGGGCGAAGGCGCUCUACCGGAGCAGCAAGCGGCAGCUGGACGAGGAAUUAGCUCUGAUCGUGAAGAGCAUCGCCAUCACGCCGGCCACACAGUUCCUCGAGGAGCUGGCCGUCUACCUGCGCGAGAAGAUCUUCUACUUCGACGUGCUCGGCAAGCUGGAGGUGCUCAUCGGGGACGGGUCGAAGUUCGGGGCCAAGUGCCUCUACACCACCCGCGAGCCCAUCCAGACCAUCGUCUUCGACGACCUCACCCAGUACGGCUACAAGCUGGCCAGCCGGCAGAGCGGCCUCAACGAGGAGCACUGCGUGGUCAUCCUGCGCAAGCUGGGCAAGUUCCACGCCGCCUCCAUGCUGCUGGCCGAGAAGGAGCCCAGUGUGCGGGAGCACUUCACCAGCGGGAUGCUGGACGAGAACUACAUCCGGACGAACGAGCGGUUCAUCAGCUUCAUGACCCUCCAGUGCCGCACCCUGGCCAACGUGGUGGCCAAGUGGCCCGGCUACGAGCAGCUGGCCGAGAAGCUGCACCGCCACUGCGACAACCUCAAGGAGAACCUGGUGACGACCGGGCGGCCGUUGCCCGGGGAGAUCACCGUGCUGAACCACGGCGACCUCUGGGUUAACAACUUCAUGUACAAGUACGACGAGGAGCAGCCCACCAAGCCGAUCGACGCGAUCUUCGUGGACUUCCAGAACAGCUUCUUCGGCAGCCCGGGCUGCGACAUCAACUUCUUCCUGAACAGCAGCGUCCAGCUGGACGUGCUGGUCCACCGGCGCGAGUUCCUCGUCCAGACCUACUACGCCUCGCUGCGGGAGAGCCUCGAGCGGAUGCACUCGGCGGUGGUGCCCAGCUACGCGGACGUCCAGCGGGAGAUCCGCGCCCGGGAGCUGUACGGGUUCUUCUCCUCGUACGCCUUCCUCCCGAUGGUCACCAUGCGCAAGGAGGACUCCUUUGACAUCAGCAUCGAGGCGCUCACCGACCAGGACUUCGCUAAGAAGAAGGUCCAGCUGAUGUUCUCCUCGAAUCCCCGCACCACGGACACCCUGCGCUACGCCCUGCGCCGCUUCGACGACCUCGGGAUCUUCGACUGAGGCAGUUUCCAUAGUUCCACAGUUCCCACAGUUCCCAGUAGCUUCUAUAGCUCCCAUUAGCUCCUCGCUACUUAACAACGGCUUUUUUUUUUGUUUUUGUUCGUAAUCAGUAAUCAGUAAUCAGUAAUCAGUAGGGUUAGGCAUAUUCUAUACGCUAUACGUUAUACAUCUACUCAUAAAUAAUAAAAGGUGGCCCAGUUGGGGCCCACAUCCACUCCUCGCA